UUUUGAAACAAAAAGGCGUAAUGUUCGCUGUUGUACGACUGUCUUUGCGGCUUUCUUUCUCUUAAAAUUAAAGUAAAUUCCAUAAAAUAGUGCAACCAAAGUGAAAAAUCGACGAAAACAAGAAUAUUCAAAACGAUUGUGGUGUGUGGUGACUGGAAAUUUCGCAUCGAUUUUGUAUUGUGAUUCGCCAGAAAUUCUGUUUAAUGACCGCGUAACCAUUGGUAGCUGUGUGCUUCCAAUGCAAUUGAAAUAUUACGAGUAAAUGGAUAGAAGAAGUCGAGCGAUUUCGGUAAAUAAUCGCUCGGAUAUGGCUGACGACUCAACGCCAGAACAAUCGCCCGUUCCGAGGAAGCGAAAACGACAAGAUCCGUCGGAACUGUGCCAGCAACUCUACGACUCGAUCAGAAAUGUGAAGAAAAGCGACGGAUCGAUGCUGUGUGACACAUUUAUUCGGGCGCCGAAACGCAGACAGGAACCGUCCUACUACGAAGUGGUCGAACAUCCCAUCGAUCUGUUGAGAAUUCAGCAAAAAUUGAAAACCGAAUCGUAUGACGACAUUGACGACCUGGCCAGUGACAUUGAACUGUUGAUCAAGAAUGCGAAAGCGUUCUACAAACCGGGCACAUCGGAGCAUCAAGAUGCCGCACUGUUGUGGGACACAUUCAAUUCGAACAAGGCGAAAUUGAUGGAUUCGGUGGAAGACGACGGCCCGGUGAUGAAGGUGAAACGGAUCGGACGGCCGCGUAAAUCGGCAAUGGAUGUGGACGAUGCAUCCGAAACGUCUUCGCUGAAGGCGGACGAUGAUUUUGAAUUGUUCGAAGAGCUGUUCUCGUCGGUUAUGACGGCUUGUGACGAAAAUAAUCGACCGUUGCACUUGAUGUUCCAACUGUUGCCGUCGAAGAAGUACUAUUCCGAGUACUACGACAUCAUUGACCAUCCCAUCGAUUUGAAAUUCAUUGCCACGAAAAUCCAGACGAGCGCCUACACGUCACUGAACGAGAUGGAAAAGGAUCUGCUGCAGAUGACCAAAAAUGCGUGCACGUUCAACGAGCCCGGAUCGCAGAUCUACAAGGAUGCGAAAACGCUGAAGAAGAUCUUCACCGCCAAGAAAGUCGAACUGGAGUCGGGCAAAUUCAGAGCCACCGCAAAGCCGAAACGGAAAGGAAUAUCGUUGAGUGCGGCAACGGCAGCGCUGAAGGAACCGGUCGAUGAUUCCGAUGACGACAAUGAUGACAGCAUGGAAACGGAUGGCGACGGACCGCUGUGGCAACUGUUCGAUCAAUUGUACAAUACGGCCAAUGCGUCCGAUCAUCCUAAUAAUGCCUCAGGCACGCCACUCGGUGAAUCAUUGUGGAAACUGCCGAACAAGAGAUUCCAUCCCGAAUACUACACCGUCAUCAAAAAGCCCAUUUCGAUGUCGCAGAUCCGCAAAAAAUUGAAAUUGGGCAAUUACACGAACAUCACCGACAUGACCGGCGAUUUGUAUCUCAUGUUGGACAAUGCACGGAAGGCCUUUCCAUCGGCGCAUAAAGUGCACAAAGAUGCGGCCAAAAUGCUGAAAAUAUUGAAUCAGAAACUGGUCGAUGCGGCAGUCGAUCAAGACGACAGUGAAACGGAAGACGGUGACGCUUCGUUGGCGUCAUUGGCAUCAGCUCUGUCGAAUUCGUCACCAGGAACGCCGAAACCGAAAAAGGGAAGACCUCGUCUGUUGGCUAACACGGUAACACCGGCACAUGGUGCACAUGGUGGAACGAUGUCCACGCCGGGACUGAUCAAACCUCGGUUGAAUAACGCGCUCACUUUGAAGAAGAAAUUAUUAAGUCUGCAGAAGUAUCUCAGCGAUUACACGAUCAAUGACCGAAAACCGAUGGCACUGUUCACCGAAAAGCCAUCGAAGAAAUUCUAUCCCGACUACUAUCAAGUCAUUCAGCAUCCCAUCGAUAUGAACACAAUCGAGGCGAACAUUCGAAGCGAUCACUACAACACACUCGACGACAUUGUCGGUGACUUUCGGCUGAUGUUUUCCAAUUGCCGCAAAUACAACGAGGAAAACUCACAGAUCUACGAAGAUUCAAAUGUGCUCGAGCGGGCUAUGAACGAUAAGCUGAAGGAACUGUCGAGCAUCGAUCGGAAAGCCACGCCAAAAAGUGCUCGUCGUAAAAACAUACACUCGGCACCGGUGGACACCAAGCUGAAACAGUUGUACGAAGCCAUCCGCGAUUUUCGUGAUCCGAAGGCGAACCGUCAGCUGGCAUUGAUCUUCAUGAAACUGCCAUCGAAGAAUGACUAUCCGGACUACUACGACAUCAUCAAGAAUCCUAUUGACAUGGAGAAGAUUGCGCACAAGCUGAAAACUCAAGUGUACGAAACGGUCGACGAAAUCGCAUCGGAUUUUAUGCUGAUGUUCGAGAAUGCGUGUAAAUACAACGAACCGGACUCGCAGCUGUACAAAGAUGCUCUGGUUCUGCAACAGAUCUGCAUACAGACGAAGCAGUCGUUAAGAGACGCCGAUGAAACCGUACCUGAUGUGCCUCAGGCCGUGCAAGAAUUGCUGAUGUCUCUCUUUACAUCCUUCUACAACCAUCAGGAUGAAGAGGGACGAUGCUUCUCCGAUUCGCUAGCCGAGCUGCCUGAGUACGACGAAACCGAGUCCGGAAAGGUGCGUGCCAUAUCAUUGGAUCUACUGAAACGGCGUCUGGACAAGGGCCUGUACAAGCGUCUGGACACAUUUCAAGAAGACGUUUUCGCCUGUUUGGAUCGUGCUCGACGACUGUCUCGAACCGAUUCACAGAUCUUCGAAGAUUCCAUUGAAUUGCAGUCGUUUUUCAUUCGGAAGCGAGAUGAGCUGUGCAAAGACGUUCUCAACUCGCCGGCCAUCAAUUUCACUUUGAUGCAUCUGACUGCCGCCGCUGAGACCAUCAAACAGUCAAAACUGUUGCAAGAGGAACACGAAACCGAAGUGGAGAAUGAAAUAUCGACGCAACAGGGCGAAAGCAUGACCAUCGAUCAGAAAGUGUACUCGCCCGGCGAUUACGUCUACUACGAUGUGCCGGAGAACAAAGUGCCCGGCAUCAUUUACAUCGAACGAUUGUGGACGAACACCGAAGGUGUCAAAAUGAUGUUCGGCAAUGUGUUCCUGCGCCCGUUCGAGACAUUCCAUGUGACGACGAGAAAAUUCCUCGAAAAAGAAAUCUUCAAAAGUGAACAGCACAUUGCGCUGCCGUUGACCCAACUGGGUGAAAAGUGCUUUGUGAUGUCGGCCAAAGAUUACAUCAAAUACACGCCGGAGGGCUUCGUCGAAAAGGAUGUGUACGUGUGUGAAUCGCGCUAUUCGAUGAAGCUGCGUCAGUUCAAGAAGAUCAAAAACUGGCCGUUCAACAACACGGCCAAAAUGAUACCGCGUGAAACGCCCUGGGAACCGAAACGGGUCAUGUCGGUGUUCAAGGAACGCGUGGAGAAGCAUAAGGGUGAACUGGCCGAAUUGCAGCUGCAAGAGGCGUUGGUGGAAAAAGAGAAACCGAACAUCCAGUUGACGGUGACCAAUGCCGAAGAGGGUCACGUCCACUAUCAGCAGUACAACAGCAUCUGUAGCGGUGUGGUGAAGACCGGCGAUUAUGUGUACGUGGCAACGGAGAGUGGAAAACAAUCAAUCGCCCAGAUCCAUUCGAUAUGGGAGACGAAAGAAGGCAAAUCAUUCUUCCGUGGACCGUGGUUCUUGACUCCUACAGAAGUACCGGGAACAUCGGCCCGAUCGUUCUAUCGUCAAGAGCUGAUGUUGUCAACAGUUCAAGACACCAGUCCAAUGGUGGCUAUCGUUGGCCGAUGCGCUGUAUUGGAGUAUCGCGAGUACUCAGCAUUUCGUCCGACCGAAAUCGCCGAAAGUGAUGUGUUCGUUUGCGAAUCAACGUACGAUGAACUGAAGAAACAGAUUCGACGCAAUCAUCCGGGCACUGCGCUGCGGAAAUUCAAGCACAGUCAAUUGGUGACACAAGACGAAAUCUAUCAUUUCAAGCGGCCCAUUGCACCAGCUAAGGUUCGCGGUAGUGAAUUGAUGAAUGCACACGAUCAGAUGAAGCAACCACCACCGAUGACCACCAUGAUCGAAAUGGAUCAUCACAUCAAAAACGAACCGGAUAUGCUUCUAAUGGAAGAUUCGCUGGACGGCGGCCCAUCCAUUGGAUCGGAUAUAGUUCCAUCAUCGCUGUCAUCACCACCACCGGUCACCAUGACACAAGCCCAUCAUCAGACGCCGCACGGCAACCAUGCCAUCGUUUCAUCCGCAGCAUCGACGCCGAUAACGGUCAAGAAAAAGGAGAAAGAGAAAAAGGGCAAACUGGUCACCGGUUACAUACUCUAUUCGAGCGAAGUGCGCAAAGACCGUGCCCAGAGCAAUCCGGACUGUUCGUUCGGCGAUAUAUCGCGUCUGGUUGGCAACGAAUGGCGAUCGUUGCCGGCUUUCGAGCGCCAGAUCUGGGAGGAGAAAGCGCAAAAGUAUAACGAAGAGAGUGCAUUGAAAUUUGCCGAAGAAACUGGUUGCCCAGUCAGUCCUGCACCGGCCCAGUCUUUUUUUACCGCCGAACCGUUGCCAAAUCAAAUAUUCGAAUGUUGCUGGGCCAAAUGCGAUUGGCAGUUCGAGGAUCCGAUGGACUGUUUCGAUCAUUGCAUUGCCGAAGGAACGGGCCAUGUGCAGACGUACUACGCCAAUCUGCCGGCCGACGAAGCGGCCGAAUACGUGUGCUUGUGGCGUGGAUGCAUUCGAUUGAAGAAAAGUAUGCCAGCAUUUCCGCACAUGCAACGGCUGAUCAAACACGUUCGUGAGGUGCAUAUUAACAAGAGUGGAAAAAUCGUUCAGCCACAUGAUCGCAGCAAAAAUUACGUACCGCAAACAAAACAAACCGUCAGCUCACAACCGUCAGCUGCCAGUGUUCCGGCAAAUAAUCAAAUUUCAGGCGCUGAACAAAACACUGCCACACAAAGUCACACGGAUGUGUCGGCCAGUCUAGGACAACAAGUCCCAUCAAACGCCCCAGCCGAACCACUAUUUGUCGUCGUGCCACCUCGUCCACAACGUGUAUUGCAUUCCGAAGCUUACAUCAAGUACAUUGAGGGUCUGCAAAAUGAUACGCGCUUCAUAACGCCCUGGGAGAAAACGUUGCGAACGACACAGGAAACGGCUCCGGCUGUUGAUUUGUCCAAGCUUCCGAUCAAUUGGCUGCACAAGUCGGUGCAAAGUAAACCGGAAGAGGCGGUUAGCGCUUUGUGGCGUCUGAGGAAUUAUAUGAUGCGUGACGUUGUCCAAUUGCAACGGCAUCAAUACUGAAUGUCACACCCGCAAACAUUUUAUUUGUAAAUUUUUAAGCACGAAAUAUAAACGUUUUAUCGGUUGAAU